CGUUAACAUCUUAUGUUAAGAUUAUAUUGGAAUGUCGCUCAGUAAUGUGUGCUACAGCUAGCUGUUCAUAUUGAUUGUUGGGUGUAAAAUUAUGCGUUUAGCAAUUUAACCUCAUAAAAUACAAGUGCUGCGAUUUGUGGGCCCAUAAACUUAGUGGUGCAGUGGCUAAUGUCACCGGGCACUAAGUUGAAGUGAAGCCUGUGUUUUGGUAACUUUUGGAAGCAAUCUGAAGAUUUGAUCGACUUGAACUCUAUGUAAGAGGAAGAGGGGACUCAUAUGGCUGACGUAAUGGAGAUUUCUCAAAACAAUGUGCAACCGGGUGUGGGUACCGAGGCGACCCGGCGUCCUGAGGCCCGUGGCGCGGGAGGGCGGGGGAGGGGCGAGCCGGAACAGAACGGGCAGCCCCCCUCAGCGCGAGCCGACCCCGCCCCCGCCUCCACCCCCGGCCAGGUCAUCGACAGCGAGGAGGACGAGGACGAGGAGCUGACGCUGAAGUACGGCGCCAAGCACGUCAUCAUGCUCUUCGUCCCGGUCACGCUCUGCAUGGUGGUCGUCGUGGCAACCAUCAAGUCGGUCAGCUUCUACACGCAGAACGACGGCCAGCUGAUAUACACACCCUUCCCGGAGGACACGGAGACGGUGGGGCAGCGGGCCCUGAACUCCAUCCUGAACGCCGCCAUCAUGAUCAGCGUCAUCGUGGUCAUGACCCUGGUGCUGGUGCUGCUCUACAAGUACCGCUGCUACAAGGUGAUCCAGGGCUGGCUGUUUAUCUCUUCCCUGCUGAUGCUGUUCUUCUUCUCCUUCAUCUACCUGGGCGAGGUGUUUAAGACCUACAACGUGGCCAUGGACUACAUCACGGUGGCGGUGAUCAUCUGGAACUUCGGCGUGGUGGGCAUGAUCUGCAUACACUGGAAGGGGCCCCUGCGGCUCCAGCAGGCCUACCUCAUCAUGAUCAGCGCCCUCAUGGCCCUCGUCUUCAUCAAGUACCUGCCCCAGUGGACCUCCUGGCUCAUCCUGGCCGUCAUCUCCGUCUACGACCUGCUGGCGGUGCUGUGCCCCAAGGGACCGCUGCGUAUCCUAGUGGAGACGGCGCAGGAGAGGAACGAGCCCAUCUUCCCCGCUCUCAUCUAUUCCUCGACCAUGGUGUGGCUCGUUGGCAUGGCAGACAGUGGAGAGAGCGGGAAGAACAACGCCUCCAGCUCCGCGGACACUGAGAACCUGGCCCCAGCCCCAGCCCCUGCCCCAGAACCUGCCCCUGCCACCGCCCCAGCCUCAGGCCCGCCCCUGGCCCAGCAGGGGGAGGACGACGGGGGCUUCACGUCGGACUGGGUGGGGCAUCAGCAGCAGCAGCUGGGCCCUCUGCAGUCCACCGACGAGACGCGGCGCACCGUCCAGCAGCUGCCCUCCGCUCGCCCGCCCGCCGAGGACGACGAAGAGAGGGGCGUGAAGCUGGGCCUGGGGGACUUCAUCUUCUACAGCAUGCUGGUGGGCAAGGCGUCGGCCACCGCCAGCGGGGACUGGAACACUACGCUGGCCUGCUUCGUCGCCAUCCUGAUUGGCCUGUGUCUCACCCUGCUCCUCCUGGCCAUCUUUAAGAAGGCCCUCCCCGCUCUCCCCAUCUCCAUCACCUUCGGCCUUGUUUUCUACUUUGCCACGGACAACCUGGUCCGGCCCUUCAUGGACCAGCUGGCCCUGCACCAGUUCUACAUAUAGCAGGGUACUGCCCCCCCCCCCCCCUUUCCCCCCUCUUCCCCGAUCCCCCACUCCUCUACCCUCGCGCUCCAGCUGAUUCCACCAAUGGGGACUCCUGCUUUUAGGCCCUGAAACUGUCACCCUUCAUCAUUGGGGUUCACUGGGAGAUGAGGGGUACCCGGGGUACCCACCCACCCCCCCGUCCUCACCACUUUCUGGACUGAACUGGACUAAAAAAAAAAAUUUUGUUGUAUAAUUUUUUGUGUUUGUAUGCGUGCGUGUGCGCACGUGCGUAUGUGUGUGUGGAAAGGACUUUUGUUUCGCGAGUAACUUUUCCUCCAGUUUUGAGUCUUAACCACGAUUUCCGAUUUAUUUUGUGAUAUUUGUUUUUGUUUCUCAUCUCCUUUUUGAAGCUUGGUGCGCAUCCACUCUGAGAGAUUUGUGAUCUUUCCCUGCCUCCAUCUCGAUUGGGGCUUAGCAGUGUGAGAGGAGCUCUAAACGCAGCGCUGAGCUGAGAGAGCUGUGCGCGCGUGUGUGCGUUCACUCAUCACAAAGCAACUAAAGGGGUGGAAUGAAACGAGCAGGAUUACAUCCUUCAGCCGUCUUACAGAAACACUUUGUUAUUUGUCUUUUCUGGGAAAACAAGAGAGCAUCAUCAUAGGUUGUGAGCCACGGUUGUCCGAGGGGCAGAAUCGGCUUCCUCCUCCAUGGCCCGGAAAUUUCUAUUGAGCACCCCCCCUAACGCUGAGCAGCAUUAGGGCUAUUUUAAGCCUGAAAUUAAGGUAAUUAGAACCGCAAGAGUAAGGAGCCCACAGCACAAAAAUUUGAACCGCAGGGCUAGUUUGUGACGGACUAGACAUUUGGAGAACGUCUUGAGUGUCGUGUCUAAGAACUCGUGUACUUGGUAGUGCCCACCGUCUGAGACCUCACUGGCUUUGUCCCGGUUUUCAGAAGGAUUCAAGACCUCCUUGUUGCCUGAAAGCUGAAUGGUUACGCGCACGUGUCUGUGCUCCAUGUUUAGAUUCGGCUGGUUUUCACAACUCCUCCUGUGCUUUUGGAAAACCACAAAGGAGGCUUUGACACUUUUGGGGAUUUGGGGCUGGGAGGGCAGAUAAUGUGGCAUCUUGUAUAAAUACUCUUCAAGAGAUUUGAGGGGGGUGGGGUGGGGGGUGGAUUUUAGGGUUUUUUUUGUUUAAUGGAAGACUGAAUUGUGCCUGCCUGUAGUUCCGUUGUACCUCCCUCCUGCAGAGCAGUUACUCUCUCUCCCCUUUUCAUUUCAAAUUUUUGAGAUGUACACCCGCUCCCCCCCCCCCUUCCCACCUCCUCUAAAUCAGUGAGUCUCGGUGAGUUUCUGUUUUUGUAAGCUGUUGAAAGACUGUUAAAAAAUAAAGGAGAUGCAUGAGCAGUACCCUCUCUCUGCACCAUUUAAACCGG